CAUCCCCACUGCUGUCAUAGCAACAGCGCUAUCCACUAGGAAGCCGGCUGCUUCACUCCUCCAGCCAACCAGAAAGAAGAAUAGGCGGGACACAGCAGGGAUUCCCACCAAUGGAAAAUAAUGAUGUUGCGGAAGCGAUAGGGAAACAGAAUGAGUCGAAAUACAUGCGUUCAGAGCGGAAUCCCGAAGUGCGCAUGGGCAGGAAGCUCGUGGAAUUCAGGUUUCCUGAAUUCUCUCUUACAAUGCACUUUCGUGUUGAAGUGCGCGUGCGUAAUGAGAGUAAGGCAUAGGUGCCACCCACAGGUGCGCUGCCUUUGCCUGUGAACGAAUUCCAGGUGGGUUGGUGUACUCUGUGACGUGAAAGCGGAUGGAGAACUGAGACUAAAGGAAUGAGACUUGCUCAAGACCAUGCAGUGGAUCCUUGGCAGAUCUGGGAUUUGAUGAAGCUUUCAGGUUUAUGCCUACCACUCUAUCCACUGGGCUACAUUGACUCCUGGAGUCUAUAUUCUUUCAACAUCAUUCCAUAUUCCUUAACAGUUAUUGGGCUGGACUUCCGCAUCACAAACAGCUGCCUCUACCAGCACCCAGGCACAUCCCAUCUCUAGGCUAGGAGUUUCUGAUUUGAUGAGACGAUAAUGGCAAGUACAGCAACAGCCAGUGAGAAGAAACCAGAUCUAGGAGGAGAGCAGAAGAGCAAGAACCCAAACCAGGGACCAAGCACUGAUGAAGGAAACAGGCAAGAUGCAGAUCUCGAGGGCGGAGAAAAGGAGAGUGGGACCAAGUUGAAAGGCGAGGACCUGAAAGAGAACCAGCCCCUGCCCAACCAACCAAGAUCAGCCAAUAGGGAUGUCCCUUGGACCUGCCCAGAUGGCACCUUUGUUAAACUGGUCUUGGAGACUGGCACAGGUUUGGAUAAGCCAAAGGAAGGUUCUGUAUGCCAAGUCUUCAUUGAGACUGAGCCAGGAAGCCCCUUGAGUUACCCAUCCCAGAACUGGGCUGAGGUGGAGCUGGGUGGGGGUGACGCUGAUUGGGAUGGGAUCGUAGAUCGUGGCCUAGAGACAAUGCUGGCUGGGGAGCAGGCAGAGCUAAGGUUAACCGGAGGAGGCAGCAUUAUGAUCCAACUGGCAAGCUUCACACAGGCCAAGGACUCCUGGGAGAUGAGCGCCAGUGAGAAGUGGAACUUGGUUAUCCGCAACAAAGAGAGGGGCAGCGAACUGUACCGAGCUGGGGAUAUCAGCGCAGCCGCACGGCGCUACGCCAGAGCCUUGCGGCUGCUUGUGGUGGCCGCCCCUCCCCCAGACUACGACCAAAUUAAAGCAGAGCUCCAUGCGAACCUGGCUGCCUGCCAACUCCGGUUGCGCCAGCCAGCAAACGCGGCCUGCAACUGCACCAAGACGCUAGCGUUACAGCCCACCAAUACGAAGGCGUUGUUUCGACGGGGCUUAGCCUACGAUGCCAUGAAUGACCUGGAGGGGGCAGCACAAGAUCUGAAGGGCGUCUUGCAAGUGGAGGCAGGAAACCGAGCUGCCCGGCGGGAGCUGGAAAGGGUAAUGGAGAGGAUCAGGGUGCGGGAUGCCAAAUUGGCACGGGCCAUGCAGAAGAUGUUUGGCUGAAUAAAAGAAUGAAGCAGCCGUGGUAGUGGUGAUAUAGAUAACAUUUUCAUCCUGCUUUUCUUCCAGAGGACUCGAAGCAGGGCCUGUGGGUCCUCACCCUGCCCUGCCCUGCCCCGCCCCAUCCCAUCUUAUUCUUGCAAGAAGUCUGGGAGGUGGGUUAGGCUGCAAGACGAGGGACUGGCCCAAGGUCAACCCAGUGUGUUUCACAGGUGAGGGCAAAACUAGACUUAACAGGGCAGCCAUGUGCAUUGUACCCAUAUGUCUCCCUGUUCACAUAUAAAGCAGGAAUGUGGAUCUACUCUUGACAGGAAAAGGAGCAUAUGGGAGAGGGGAGCAAAACUCCCCCGCCCCCAGCUUAUCCCUUGGCUUCAACUCAUGGCCCUCUCCUGCUUUAAGCAGUUUCCUCAUCGCUUCUGGUAUCUGAGCUGGACUGGGUGGAAAGCAAGUCUCAUGAGGAACGGUUGUAGGAGCUGGGUAUGUUUAGCCUGGAGAAGACUAAGGGGAGAUAUGAUAGCCAAAUAUCUGAAGGACCAUCAUACAGAAGAACUUGUUCCCCAUUGCUCCUGAGGUCAGGACUACUGCUAUUGUGAAUAUUGUGAAUAUAGCACUUUCCAACAAAAAUAUAGAACAAUAAACACUAAAUAAAUAAGACGGUUCCCUGUCCCCAAAGGGCUCACAAUAAGAACAGCCCUGCUGGAUCAGGCUCAAGGCCUAUCUAGUCCAGCAUCCUGUUUCCCAAAAUGGAAUCUAUUCCAUAGAUGGGGUGCCACCACUCAAAAAGCUCUCUUCUUAGUAGCCUCCCACCUUGCUUCAUUUGGCAGGGGUACAUCCCUCACAGGCAAGAGGAGAGAUCAUGCCUUCUCUCCUGCUGUUGCUCCCCUGCAACUGGUGUUUAGAGACAUCUUGUCUCUGAGGCUGGAGGUGACCUCAGUCUAAAAAGAUACCUCAGAUGGAUACCAGCAACGUUCUUUGGACAGAUGCUGUGUUGGAAUUGGGCAGUUGCUCUCCUCCUGCCCAAUCCCUUUAAAGCAGCACUUUAAAGGGUGCUGCUUUGCUCAAAAGGUGAUUCUCAGGACUAGAACCAGUGGGUUGAAAUUGCAAGGAAGUAGAUUCAGGCUAGACCAGGGCGACUCAACUUUGGCCCUCCUGCAGAUGUUAGCCCACAUCUCCCAUCCCUGACUCUUGGCCACUGUGGCUGGGGAUGCUGGGAGCUGUCAUCCAAAAACAGCUGGAGGAUUCAAGGAGUAGCCCCAGGCUUAUCAUUAGGACAGUGGUUCCCAAUCUGGGUGCCUUCAGAUGUUACUGAACUACAACUCCCAGCCAAAAUAAAUUGUAGCUGGGGGUGCUGGGAGUUGUAGUUCAGCAACAUGUGGAGGAACCCAGAUUGGGAACCACAGCAUUGGGAUAACAGAGAACAAUUAGUGGAAUAGUCUGCCUCCUGCAGUGCUGGGCUCCUUUAGUGGAUGUUUUCAUAGGCUGGACAUAGUCAAGGGUACUCUAGCAGUUUCUUGCACAGAGCGGGGGGUUGAACUUGAAGACCUCCAAGGUCCCUUCCAACUCUAAACAAUCCAUGUUUCUACACAUGAAACAGUGCCAGACAGCCGGGCAGGUCUUUCUCCCCUUCCACAUGCUCCUUUUUUGUGAAGAGAAUAGACUUCCCCUCCACCUCUGCUUUACAUGUAAAGAAGAAAGGCUCUCGUACAGCUGCCCCUGUUUUGUCUACCUUGGCCCUGAGAGACUGAACCCACGUCUCCCAGAUUCAGAUCUAACACCAUUCCUGUCAUCAGACGAUGUUUGUUGCAUGCAUGUCCGUGUGAAAUAUUAAAACCAAGACUGUGUCUGUAGGUUUUGCUGUGCAAAUGCGAAGUUGGGUGCCUGCUAUGGAUUUGACAUUCCAGGAAACUCUUGUGUUCUUCCUGUUGUUCUUAAAAAUACAUGCAUCCACAACCCGCAGAGAGAGAGAAGCUUUAAAAAUGAGUAGGCUGUGUUUGGUAGAAUCUCAAAAGUUAGAGGAGGGACUGCGUAGGAUGCCCAGUGAUGAAGGAGCCGAGAUAAAUGCCCUACACAACUCCUUCUCUGUGCUAUGUUCUGAGGACUGUAUGUAUUUUAUGUUUCUGGGGCUGUGCUGUGCAGGAGGGUGAGUUUAUUUGGAACUGUGUAGAAUUCAACAUCUUCAAGCUAUUUGCCUUCACCUUCUUUUAAUACAGAGCUUUCAUCUCG